AUGAAUCUUGAAUUGGCCAAACGUUACUACGGCUACGGUUAUAACACCGGCUGGAACAGAUGGAGAUGGCUUCUCUGGCUUAUCCUCAUUCCAGUGUUUAUUCUAGUGGUUUUCGCUUUCUGUUGUGCUAGGAGAAGAAGAAGAAACAAUGUCGUGUCCAACCAGCCUUACUAUAAGGAGAACUAUGCUCCUAACAAUUACCAGCAGGGGUACCCUGGCGGUGGUGUUCCACCUCCUCCUCCUCCACAGCCUAGUGGUGGGUAUGGUGGAGGGUACCAGCAAGGGUACCAGGCUGGAUAUGGCGGCGGUGGAGCUGGCGGUGGCGACCAGGGCAACAUGGGAUUUAGCAAUGAUUACAAUCUGAACAAUAUGGGAUUCAGUAAUGAUUAUAAUCAGAACUAUGGGCCGCUGGGCGCUGGUGGCAGUGAUGCUCCUGGUGCUCCUCCAGAGUAUGCUCCUCCACUGGAGCCUCCAAAGGGGUAUACUAAGUAA